GGUGGGAGGAGGGCGCCGCGCGGAACCUCCCUGACUUCCCGGAGUCAGUCAAGUCCCACCCUGAAGAGAAUGGAGGUGGUCGGGGAACCCGAGACUGAGACCCGGGCUCUGAAGCCUUGUCUGCUGCGCCGCAACCACAGCCGAGAGCAGCAUGGCGUGGCGGCCUCCUGUCUCGAGGAGCUGAGGAGCAAGGCCUGUGACAUUCUGGCCAUUGAUAAGUCCCUGGCUCCAGUCACCCUGGUUCUGGCAGAGGACGGCACCAUCGUGGAUGAUGACGAUUACUUCCUGUGUUUACCUUCCAAUACCAAGUUUGUAGCGUUGGCCAAUAAUGAGAAGUGGGCAUACAGCAAUUCAGAUGGAGGCACAGCGUGGCUUUCCCAAGAGUCCUUUGACAUGGAUGAAACAGACAGCGGGGCAGGGCUGAAGUGGAAGAAUGUGGCCAGGCAGCUGAAGGAGGACCUGUCCAGCAUCAUCCUCCUGUCCGAGGAAGACCUCCAGGUGCUCAUUGACGUUCCUUGUUCAGACCUGGCUCAGGAACUCUGCCAAAGUUGCAUCACAGUGCAGGGGCUUCAGAACACCCUCCAGCAGGUGCUUGACCAGAGGGAGGAAGCCCGUCAGUCCAAGCAGCUCUUGGAGCUCUACCUCCAGGCUUUGGAGAAGGAGGGCAGCAUCUUGUCAAAGCAGCAAGAGUCCAGCGCCGGCUUCAGUGAUGACAUGGAUGCAGUCGAUGCGGGCACUAACCGCGAGAGCCCCUCCGGAGUCACCCUUACUGGCCAGGUCCUUACCGCGCUGAAGGAGAAGCCGGCCCCAGAGCUGAGUCUGUCUAGCCAGGAUUUGGAGUUGGUCACCAAGGAAGACCCCAGAGCGCUUGCCGUUGCCUUGAGCUGGGACGUAGAGAAGACGGAAACGGUGCAGCAGGCCUGUCACCAGGAGCUCAGCCUGCGUCUCCAGCAGGUGCAGAGCCUGCGUUCUCUCCGGAGCAUGUCCACGAGGAAGAGCUCGCCGCCCGGAGAACCGCGGGAGCCCAAGCGAGCCAAACAAGAGCCCGCGUAGCCGCCGCUGGAGAACCUGCGACCUUGUUUUUAUUCGCAAGAAAUACCUUCAGCCUAAUCCCCCAAGCUGGUGCCUUACUGUUAGCCGCCCCACCCCUCCACCCCCGCCUUACUGGGUGUUCUCCCGGAACAGGCCGGAGGACUGGCCUCCUUCCCUUCCAGAAGAGCCCUUCCACCUUCUAAUGACGAGGCUGUGUCAACAGAACCCCGCCUCUUCUGAUGAUAGCUGCUUAGGUUUUCUGUUUGAAAGAAACUGUCAAGGACAGUAAAAAGAAAUUUCAGGCGCACUGUCCUUGUUCUGAAGCCAGAACUGCAGAAUUCUAAACACAAAUGAUAGUCGAGAAGGUGACAGAACGGAGUUGAUGUACGGCCACAAACUCGUGUCUCAAGUUAAUGAGUUUUUUGGUUUGUGUAAAGACACAUAUUAAGUUUGCAGACCACAGGGACAUAGGGUGAGUGCGGUUUGCCAUUUCUAAUUGUGAAAUUAUAUCUGUUACCACUGUGAGACUGUUUCCAGUUUUCUAAUAUGUUUCAUCAGCAGGGGGGAUGGAAGGUCAUUAAAUCGAUCUCCAUGUGAUA